UGACACUGGUGAACGAGUUGGCUACAUUGCGUUGCACGGAUGCUAUGCGUGCUGAGUGUGGACCCAGCUAUCUCUAUCAACUCUAGCGGCGGCGUCCCAUCAACAGCCUAAAAAAACUGCACCGUCCGGCGGGAACCGGCUGAGCUAGCCCGCCCGGCGCGUGGACAGUCCAGCACAAUGGCAGAGGAUUUGGGGGGUGCCUCUGUAUACCAACAACAGGUCGCAUGGAUAAUCCCUCCCCAACCCUUCCGUGUCAUCUCGUGUUUUGGGAUGAUCCGAGCGCCGCUGUCGGCUUGAUGUGGCCGGAGAGCCGUGCGGGAGCGGUGCUACUCCUCCUGCCUGUGGACUAAUAAGAGGAAAACGGCGUGGAGCAGGGGAGCACAGAGCAGACCGGCUGAGAGGAUAAGCCUUUCAAAAGCCAGCACUUUACAGCUAAGCGCUUCAAGAUUCUACCUUAUCCAGGAGUGGCUGGGGGGCUGGCAGCAGGAUGGAAAUAGGUGCCUGUUUUCGUUACUAUUUCCAGCACCCAUGGUCGCGUCUCCUCGUGGCGUACCUCGUCACCUUCUUUAACUUCCUCAUCUUCGCAGAGGACCCCAUCUCUCACAGUCAGACAGAGGCCCAUAUGAUUGUGGUGGGCAACUGCUUCUCCUUCCUGUUCAACAAGUACCGAGGCCUUGGGUGGAACAUCCUGAAAGUAAUAUGCUGGAUACUGGCCAUUAUCACUGGCAUGUUAGCCGGGAAGUUUAUAUUCCACCGCCAGCUCUUUGGUCGAUACCUGCGGCUGAAAAUGUUCCGCGAGGAUCAUGGCUCCUGGAUGACCAUGUUCUUCAGCGCCAUCCUCUUCCUCUUCAUCUUCUCACACAUCUACAACCUUUUCCUGCUGAUGGCUGGGAGCAUGGAGCCUCACAUGGUGACGGAGUACAUGGGCAUCAGGAAUGAGAGCUUUAUGAAGAUUGCUGCAGUGGGGACGUGGAUGGGAGACUUUGUCACUGCGUGGAUGGUGACUGAUAUGAUGCUCCAGGAUCAGCACUACCCAGACUGGGGCAAAACAGCCAGAAGGUUCUGGAAACAGGGCAACAACAGGAUUGUUCUCUUCUGGACAGUGCUCAUCUCUCUGACGUCGGUGGUCGUUCUGAUCAUCAGUACCGAUUGGAUCAGCUGGGACAACCUGAACCGAGGCUUCCUGCCCAGCGACGAGGUCUCCAGAGCCUUCCUGGCCUCCUUCAUCUUGGUCUUCGACCUUCUCAUUGUCAUGCAGGACUGGGAGUUCCCUCAAUUCAUGGGUGACCUGGAUAUGAAUCUACCAGGAAUGUCAACAACGCAUGUGAAGGUCAAGCUUCCUGUCUGCAAGAGUAUCUUUAAAGAGGAGUACCACAUUCAUAUCACAGGUAAGUGGUUCAACUACGGUAUCAUCUUCCUCGUGCUGAUAUUGGACCUGAACAUGUGGAAGAACCAGAUCUUCUACAAGCCCUACGAGUACGGUCAGUAUGUUGGGCCUGGUGAGAAGAUCUUCACAGUGGAGGAGCCAGAAACACUCAGCUUCUUCAACCACAGCACACUCACCUACAAGUGGCGCUCCACCAACAUCAAUCCCGACAGCAACUUAACCUACGUGGAGCGGGACAUGUUCCUCCACAGCCGCUACACCGGAGCCAGCCUGGACAUCAAGUGCCUGGCCUUCAUCCCAAGCCUGGCGGCAUUCGUCCUCUUCGGAUUCUUCAUUUGGUUUUUUGGGCGAUUUCAGGAGAGCGAGACCUUCACGGAAAACCAGGACAAGACGUAUGAGAGGAUAAAGAGAAAGUCGCCGUCGGAGUACAGCAAGGAGAUGGGAGUGACGCCAGAGGAGGUGCACAUGACCAUGAGUGACGGUCUGAAACGAACGGGAAUGCCCAUGCUUCUCUCGGUGGACGGGCCACACUUUGGAGCAACGUCCUCUACGAACUCGACGAUUUCUAUGGAAACCCAAGAGACCCAUCCGAGCAUUGUGAUUGACAGCGCUGAGGAACCAGCAGUCUCUUUUGAUGUCCACAAGCUCUCUCCAUAACGGUAUGAACUCAUGAAACAUUGAACUAUAUAACUGCGGACUGGUUAAAAAUGAGCGCUCCAAAAUUCAAUCAACGUUUUUCGUCGGAUAACGCCAAGCUGCAACAGAAGUUGACCCAUACAUGAGACUCAGGAGAAGGACAAAGCUAUGCUACAUAAUCACCAAAGCCAGUCCUGAUGGCUGUUGCAGUUGCAUUUGUUUGAAUAUAUUUUUGUAAAACUAUCUUUUUAAAAGCCUCUAAAACGGCACCAAUUCUGAUAACAAACCCAUCUUUUAGAACAGAAUGCAAACUUUUAAUUCACUUGGUGCUCGCUCGGAUUUUGCAUUUUCAUAAUUCAAUUUUGUCACGGGAAACUAUUUUGGUGCCUAUAUCAGAGGAGUAUUUCUACAGUCGUGAAACUGCAGUCAGGUGGAUUUUAUUGUAUCACACCAGUGUUGCAGCUACACUAGUGCCUUUAUAUUUCAUAUCUUCAGAUACAGACAACAAACAUAUUCAGUCCAUACAGGCAACAAAACGUAAGAUGUCCUAGUUACGGUCUGCUUUAUUAAUGUCUUAUAUAUGCUUUCAUAUACAGACACUUGUUACCUCAUUAGAUCCUAAGACUUUAUCUUUUUUUUUUUUUUUUUUCAUGUGAGGUCACUCUUACUCUCACUUCUUGUUGAAAUUACAUAAUUAUGAACAUCAAUGUACUUUGAAGACCUAUUCAUACCCUUCACUUGAUAUUAGUUGCAGAGAUAAUAAAUGCAAUCAGCUAAGUCAAAUUCAAAUAUCCAACCAACUAGCCACCUCAUGAUUGCUUAUGUUGCUGCUGCAGCUGGACUGAAUACCAAAAGAGUCCGAAAGGUGGUUUUGCCCUUGGCAUAAACAUGUCAUUGAAGUGCAGGGGAGGCUUCUGCUCCAAAGCUCAGGGCUUCUUUAUGUCUAGAUAAACCUUCAAAGUUUUAGGAGCAGCCUGGUAAAUACAUGGAAAUGUAUUUAUUGAUUUAUUUAUUUAUUUAACACAUUAUCCAAGUGUAAAAAACAAACGAAUCCCUGACAUUUAACUGCAAUUGAAACCUCCAGUAAGUAUCUUUACACUGGCUUUGAAAGUGUCCACUGCCUUUUUAAAUAUGUUCCUUUGCUACGAAGUCUCUUUAAAAUACAUACUGUAUAUAUUUGGUGUUUGUGGUCCAAAACAGUAUGCCCUUCAGUUGUUUUCUGUAAAGUACAAAUACUAACUCAAUUAUUACAACAUUACUAAGGCACAUUUCAGUAAGUACUUUGCAUCUAAAUGUGACCAAAGAUACCAAAUAAUCAGUAUUGAACAAAUAGUGCUGCAUAAGAUGAUAUGCUAAUUCAAAAGAUCUAUUCAUGAUAGACAGAGUGGAAUGAUAGUAUGUGUUCUUGCAUCACUCUGCAUUAUAAUGCACUGUAAUGUGCUAUACUGUCCUGGAAAAAUUAUUUUCCAAAAAGAGGGAACUAUCAAAUCCAGAUCCUUUGCUCCCUAAUAACCCAAUCGUGAUCGUGAGUUUUGUUCAACAUUAUUAUAAGUAAUGUAGCCCAGGGUUUUGCAGUAUUAAAUUAUAAUCAAUUAAUAAAUUGCAAGCAUUUAUAUAUUUAUAUAGUAAAGUACAAAAAUGAUUAAAAUAUCAUAAAAUUUGCCAAUUAUUGAUUCCAGUCUUUAAAUGAUAAAUUAAAAUAUGUAGUCACAAAAUGUAUUUAUUAAUUUGUCAAAAAAUGAAAUUGUAUUCCAUUUACUUGUGUGUCUGCCUAUCAUUGUGCAUCUCACAAUUCAUGUGUCUGCUGCUUUAACAUUUACAGUUUUCAUUUCAGAAUUGCUUGAAUUUAAAGACAUCUCUCUAUAUCUUUAGGAUGUGUAAACGCAUCUUAAAGUGGAAUCUAAUCCAGACAGAGAUCUGAUUGGCCAGCUGCUACAGUACGUAUUGGCCAAUCAGAGCUUCUGCUGCUGCUCUGAGGGGUUGGGUUUCAUUCUUAUAUGUCUUAGUCAAAUAGUUUAUUCAUACACCAUUUCAAUUAACCUCUAAUUAAUUGAUUUAAUAAUCAAUUCAUAAUGGUUUUUAUGUAUUAAUUGAUUAUAUAUAACACUGUUAAACUUAAUAAUUAUUCCAGUGGCGCACUCCAGGCUCCUUAAAGGAAUGCCGUGUUUGUGUGUGUGUGUGUGUGUGUGUGUGUGUGUGUGUGUGUGUGUGUGUGUGUGUGUGUGUGUGUGUGUGUGUGUGCGCACGUGUGUGUGUGCGUGCGUGCGCGCGCAUGUUUGUGUACAGUACAUUGUGGAGUCAGAGGUGUCUAUUUGUGUCAAUAAAUUGUGUCAGUUUUAUACUUAAUAGUGCAUGUUGUGUGUGAAUGUGUGUUUAUGUGCUUGUGUGCUCUGGAGGCUUGUGAAGUGCGUAAGUGUUUGCUACACUUGUUUUUGACAAAGGCCAUUCUGUGAAGAGGUCAAUUAAUUUUGCAUAAUUGGUUUGCAGCUCUUGGUUUUGUAAUGAUCCUUUUCUACAUUACAGCUCUAUAAGGACAGUAGAUGUUAGUGUCUCACCAAAGGGCAGAACCUCUCUGGACUUGAAGGGGUCUAAUCUGUAUUGUGUUUAAUGUGGAGUGAAAGUGAAGGUUUCCUCUUUGUUAUUACAUUUUUUCAUUGUAUUGUGUUGCAAAACUGACACUUCCUUCAGUUCCUGUGUGUUUGUGCUUUUUUUCUUAAUGCAGAGGAAAUCUCCUUUCGGUGUUUGCUCAGUGUACUGUACGUCUGUUGAACCUUGUGUUACCAAUAAAUUAAUACCUUUGUUAUCUACUC